AUGCCACCCCGCGGGCCGCCAUCCCCUCACCGACCGAUUUACCAUCUCUCGUUCUUUCACUAUGACUUCGCGCGGUACCGCCGCUCGGCGGUGGUCACCAUGCUGAUUUCCAUCGCCAUUAACUUGGUGGUGGUCUGGAGCUGCGGCGCUAUAUUAUACGGCGCCUUCUACCAGCAAAAUUACUUGGGCAAGCUCAAGAUUUACAUAGUCGAUUUCGACGGAGAUAAUCUGGGACAAUACGUUACCGGCGCGUUUAACGCCUCGUUGCAGACGCCCAAUCAUUUCAAGCUCGUAUAUCAGUCUUUUCAGAAUAAUGAAGAUGUGCGCCGUCAUAUCUACGAAGAGCAGGCUUAUGGCGCCAUAAUCAUUAACCGAGGAGCGACACAAACAUGGAGAGAUGCCAUCAGCACGGGCAACUCCAGCUACGACCCCAAGCUUGCGGUAGAGAUGGUCUCAGAGAGCGCACGAAAUCCUCUCACUGCCGGGAGCCACGUCGUCCCCGGUAUGACGGCCGUUCUCCAACCAGUACUCGUGAAUGCUUCGCAGACCGAGGUCUCCAACUACAUGAACGCCAACGUCGGAAACAAUACGGCUCUGCAGAACGUAUUGAAGUGCCCUCAGUGCAUUUCCGAUGCAUUCUCGUAUACGCCCAAUGAUAUCUUGCCCGCGUACAACGCUGCAACACUAGGUGCUCAGCUUUCUGGUGCAGUCUUCCUUAUCGUCUUUGUCUUCGCUGUGACCGGAACGUCCUUUGAGCUCGCCAACAAAAUUGGAGAGCACCUGGAUAUAUGGCACACCAUCGCCUGGCGAAUCCUCCACCCCUCGCUUCACUACCUAUUGAUCGCUCUGUCGCUCACCGGCUGUCAAGCUGCAUUCGGUGUACCCAUGACAUCCCCAUGGGGCGGGAGGGGUUUUGUUAUCUUGUGGAUGUUAAAUUGGUUGUGCAUCUCAGCUAUGGGUCUCGCAUUGGAAGCGUUCUGGACGAUCACGGGCUGGUGGAUCCUGAACUUCUUCCUAAAUUUCUACGUCGUCUGGAACCUCGGCGGUGUGUCGUACUCGUUCGAGGAGAUGCCCGGCUUCUUCAAAUAUUACUACGGGUUCCCCUUAUUCCAUGCAGUGCAAGGAACCCUUACAGUGGUCUAUGGCACGCGGAGUCAUCUGGGUUCAAACUUCGGAGUCCUGGUUGCAUGGAAUGUCGUCUCGAUCAUCGUAUUAGCUGCCGCGACGUAUUACCGCCUAAGCCGGAAUAAGCGUGCCGGCUUCCAUAGGCUCUGGUAA